GUAAGCUGUGCGGUGUCGUGGGUGGAGCUUCUCGAUGUGUUCUUCUGUGUGUGUCGUGUAAUAUCUAAGUAAAGCUGAUAAGAUGUCUGGAACUGGUGAUGGGGGGCAGAAUGCUGUGUCCUGCCUCUACGUGUUUCCAAAUGAAAGUUGUCUAAUGUAAAGAAAAAAAGUUGAUCAGUGAAUAGUUGUUAAGCAUAUUGUUGUGCAUCUUCCAAUCCCAGUGAUGUAUAAAUGAGCAAUAACCUAACGGCAAAAUAAGCAUCAUACGCGAGUGAGAAAGGAAAUAAUACAUUGCAUUUGCCUUGGGCGGUGGGAGACUUCCGUGGCGGCCAGUGGCCUUUGUAUUUCCUGUUGAACAGUUUCUCUGUCAAGACGCUUACGAGAUGGUGUUCCCUGGAAUACUCCGGCGGGUGAACAAAACCCUUCCUGCCCUCCUGCAAACCAUCGCCAUCAUUUGUUUCAUCCAUUACGUCGCUAAGGGUGUUCUGAUGAAGGUCCAGACAAGGUCACAUCACGACUACCACACCCGCAUGAAGGCGGGUUCCCUACACGCCCACAGCGGGCGGGGCGGAGGAGGCCCGCGGCCCGCCCCGGUGCGCUCCAGCAGCGUCAACCCACAUCCCGCCGCCGUCAGCUUCUCCUCCGGGAAGACCUCCACCACCACCGUCAGCCCCACCACGCCUCCGCCAGUCAUUCCCGAUAAGGUCAUGGAACGAGAGCAGAAGAGGAGGCUAGACAAGCUGCACAAGGCUUGCACCAGGAUGAACAUGGGGCUGUGGGCGACCGGACAGGCGAAUAACUUUACGGAUGAGGAGAAGCUCGCCAUGGCUGCCGUGCCAAAGAUCCCUCUGUACCAGGCGCUGCUUGUGUCCGAGGAGAAGCGGCUGGCUGUGUGCCCUGUGGUCAGAGCGGGGUCGCAGUGGCUGUCCCGACUUCUCCUGCAGCUCACCGGCAGGUUCACCAACACCAAGCUAUACCGCCUACACGAGCCUCCCUCCGCCAUCGCCCGCUACAACUUUCCUUACCUAAGUUCUUGGGAGAAGUACCCGGUAGUGCUGGCCAAGUGCGUCACUGUGCUGAUGGGACGCCACCCACUGGACCGCCUACUUGCGUCCUACCGCCACGUACUGGAAAACCCGGACAAAAACCCGCACGGCUACCUCCACUACGGGAAGCGGAUCGUGCGUGCCUAUAGGAAGGGUCCCACGCCGUCCAAGGGGCCAACGUUCGAAGAAUUCGUGAGGUUCCUUUUGGAGCACGACUCCCGCCACCUGGACGAAGCCUGGCACCCCAUCAUCCGCCGCUGCACGCCCUGCCACAUCCCGUACAACGCCGUGGUGCACUACGAGACGAUGUGGCACGACGUGCAGUGGGCCUGGAAAAAGGCGGGGCUCGGGGCUCUCAACACCACGGACUACUUCACGCAGAGUAUAACGCCACAGGUGCGUAGGAAGUAUUUCUCUGAACUCACCCUUGCGCAGAUCAUUGCGCUGUAUAGAAGGUUUAAAUUAGAUUUUGAUAUAUUUGGUUAUACUCUGGAGGAACACAUCGCGUAUGCCAAACCUGGAGACGAAGCGAUAAAUCCUGCGCUGAUGAACAGCUUGCCGCGCCAAAACAUGGAUGUUCUUCAGAGCGUGCUGAGGAAGGCACAAGAAAAGCCACUGGUGAAGCAGGAUGAGGACCAAGACGUGCUGCGGGCGCCCGCGGAGUCCAUCUUGGGCCUGUCCCUCACGGGCGAGCGGGGACCUGUAGAGAUUGCAGAUAACCAUCUCCCGGCUGAGGAUUACAGGCAGCCCCCGCAGGCCUCGGAGAAUAUUUUGGUCAGCCCGGAGUGACCGCUACCAAGUAUAUGCGAACCAAACAUAUGAAACGAAGGUGCAAUUAAUGGACGAAAAAGUGACUCAAAAUGCUGCACAGUUGAAAAAAUACAAAAUGAUGAUUAUAUUAUUCAGAGCAAACCAAUGUAUACUUAAUUAUUUUUCCAAACCAAUGUAUACUUAAUUAUUUUUCUAGCUCCGUAUUCGGGUCAAGUAUAAGCUCUACGCACCGUCUGCCCAUGCUUCAAUGAUGGUUAUGUAAUCUCAAUAGAUUAUUGGACAUACACAGGGCCGUAUAGGCUAUAUGAUUAAGUGGGUCCAGGCAGGCUUAUUUCGUGUGUGUGUGCAAAGCUGUACACGUGCAAAGCGUGCAAUGUUGAUAACCUAGCUGAACAUAUAUGAUUAUAAUAGAGUUUAGUCCAGCAGCUGUUAAGCAACUAAUGGAAGAGAUAUGACUCGAACCAACCUAAGAUUUGACCCCUUGUAGAUGAAUAUGACUGUUUUGGGUUCUGCCUAUAUGACUAUUUUAUAUAAUUAACAGCUAAUAAACUGUAAAAUAUCAAUUUUGGGUGACAUGUUACUAUUGUUUGGGGGCAUUAUUAAUCUUUACUGUUAUUCAAUGUAAAGACAUAUUACUGUCAAUAUAUUCAUUAUAUGAAAAAAAAGUUAUUUCAUUUGCAUGCUGAAAACCAACAAUGUCCUGGACCGACUUAUGAGACUGCAUCGCUUUAUUUUAAAGAUUAGUUAUUCAGAAGACAUACUGACAUUUGUGACAGCUCUGAAAUAAUACUAUUUAUUAUAAUCAUCAGUAUUAUUAUAAUUUUAUUGAGUUAAAAGAUAUCUAUUGCAUAUUUCAUGACAAUUUGUUUCACUCAUGUUUUCCAGUUUCAGGGGUAAUACAGAUCAGAUAUUUCCAUACAUUUAUUAUUUGUGCAUUCAAGUACAUAUUUCUUCUAAGUAGCUUUUGGUCAGUACAACCCAGGAAAAAUAUAUUAGCUCACAAAGUUGCUCCAUCAUUCCUAAGAGAUACAAGUGGUGGAGAAACACAGGAAUCAAUAAAUGCCAUCUCCACUCAUGACUAGCACUGAAGUCACACAAUAUGAAAGGUAUAUUACUACUGGGUUUCGAGUCUGCCAAGCAGAGGGUCACAAAGGUUAUGAUACAUGAGAAAACAUAAAGGAGGCAAUGCUAAACAUGUAGCUACUGCUGUCAUCCAGAGAGCUCAGAACUCAUGCAUUAUCUCCACUUGGCAUUAAGUCCUUAUGCUGCAGCAAAAUAAUGAAAAUAGAAGAAAAAGUCUUAUUAUACUGUACACAUGCAAACUGAGGCAGAACCAGGAAUGCUUCGGAUAGUUACAGGCAAAGUGUGCUUCCCUGUGGCACAGUGGGCACAGGUGCUGCAGGAAAUGGGGUCUAAUGCGAAGGAUAUUUAUGGGAGAAGGUAAGAGGAGAGAGUACAUUCAAGGUUUCUUUGUUCUUUAGCAACUAGCUCUACAGCCACCAAACAUGAUCCAUUGAACACUUUGUAUUAUCUGAUCUUGUGCUCAUUGAACAGGAUAAUAAUUCCCUUCCCUGGUUGAUUUACUCCUGCAACCACGCAUUAAGAUAACUACCAUGGGUAUCACAAGAAGUAAUCUUAAAAAUAAUUAUACUAGAUAACACACAUUUGUUUAAACCAGGUUGUAGCCUUACAUGGUAACUCAUUUCCUUCUCCACUUCAAGUUCAUCCUCCCUUAUACAGCAUCACCAGAGGGACUGACAAGUACAAUGCCUUCUUCCAUCAAGCUUUCAUGUCUAGGGACUUAUAAUCUAAACAAGAAAUGCCAAGGACACUGGUACAGACCCAGGGGAUUCCAAGUGUGCUAAAUAGUGUAGGAAAAUCCAAGCUCUUUAAAGUACAUAGUAUGACAGACAUUUCUACA